UAUGGAUUGUGACGGCUUUUUCGAGUUAGAGAAAAGUCGAAUAGAUUACCGCAGUUACAGGUAUAUCGAAUUGGACAAUGGCCUGAGGGCUAUAUUAGUGUCCAACUUAAAGCCUGGGGAGGAAGCACCCGAUGACUCCUUGUCGGAUUCAGAUCUUGAAAGUAAUAAUUCGGAAAGCUUGGAAGACGAAGAUGUUGAUAUUGAAGAAAACCCUAUCAGUGACCAGGAGGCGAAGUCUGCUGCUGCAUUGUGCAUCAAAGUGGGAAGUUUCUCAGAUCCAGUAGAAGCUCAGGGCUUAUCACAUUUUUUAGAGCAUAUGGUAUUUAUGGGUAGUUUAAAAUAUCCAACAGAGAAUGAUUUUGAUGCAUAUCUUAGUCAGCGUGGUGGAACUAAUAAUGCUUGGACAGGGAAUGAAUACACUUUAUUUCAUUUCGAUGUGAAACGUAAACAUUUUGCUAGUUGCCUUGAUAAAUUUGCCAAUUUUUUCAUUUCACCACUUUUAAGCAAAGAUAGCACAGAUCGUGAGAUAAAUGCAGUUAAUAGCGAAUUCGAACUGGCAUACACCAAGGAUUCUUCACGACUCCACUAUUUAAUUGGUCAUUUGUCUCGUAAAGAUUCUCCCUACAAACUGUUCGGUUAUGGCAAUUGUAAAUCGCUACGUGAAAUCCCGGAACAAAAUGGUACUGAUAUUUAUUCACUUUUAAAUAAACAUCGAAAGAAUUUUUAUUCUUCUGAUCGAAUGACACUUGCUGUACAGUCGAAACAUCAUUUAGACGAUCUGGAAGUAUUGGUACGAAAAAUUUUCUCUGAUAUACCAAGAAUUGGACUACCUGUGACAAACUUUCAAUGUGUUGAACCUUUCGAUAUUAAUUCAUUUGCUAAAUUAUACAAAGUUUGUCCUUUGAGUGUAAAAGAGAAAAUACGUAUUGUUUGGAUUCUUCCUCCACAAAUCAAUCAUUAUGAAUCAUCUCCAAUGGAAGUAUUAUCUUCUCUUAUUGGUCAUGAAGCGUUAAAUUCAACAUCGAUAUCUUUAAUGAAUGGUGGUUUAGAAGGUAAUAAUAAUGGUGAACGCGUCCAUACAAAUCACUGUCAUAAACAUACUUUCGCUACAUAUCUACCAGAAUAUCAAAUGGUUAAAACAGCUAAUUUUCUAUAUACAGAACCGGAAGAAGCUGAAGAUACAGUGGUUAAUCUAGCCAAUAUGUUACAUCUUGUUAAAUGUGAACAUGUUUAUUCUGGUUAUAGGCUAUUAAAAAAGCCAAAUAUAGAAUUGUACAUUGACCUAUUGAAAUUGAUGACACCAAAUCGUGCAGCUAUAUUCUUUCUGUCAUCAACGUUUGCAUCUUCAGUGAAAGAUGAUGAGUCAAGAUUAGAACAUGAACCAUGGUUUAAUGUUGCUUAUCAAAAAGAAGAUAUACCCGAACAUAUUAUGAACGGAUGGAUCCAUUCAAAACCAGACGACGAAAAAUUACAUCUGCCAUAUGAAAAUAAAUUUUUGACGACGGAUUUUAGUUUAUUGGAUUCAAAAACUGAUAUGAAGCAACCUGUGGAUUUAAACUUGGAACCUGGUGCAGAAUCACGUCUAAAAUAUGGUCAUUUAUGGUUUCAACAAAGUACUCGUUUCAAAUGUCCUAAAGCUUCUGUAAUGAUCCAUCUUUGGUCGGAUAUUGUGUCUAAAACAAAAGAAACCAUGGCAUUGCAUACAUUGAUGGUCUAUGGUUUAAAUCAGUCAUUGAGUACAAUCACCUAUGAAGCUGGUGAAGCAGAUCUAGUACAAGAUGUAGCGUUUCGUGAUAAUGGCUUGCGUAUUUGUGUUAGCGGUUUUAGUGAAAAAUUGUUUUGUUUUUAUUCAACUAUACUUGAUCAUAUAUUGGAUCAAACACAAGAUUUAUCUAAAGAAUAUUUCGAAUCAUAUCGUGAUGCUGUACUUCAAAUUUAUUAUAAUGAAGCACUUAAACCAAAUGUACUCAAUACUCAUCUUCAGUUUUAUCUUCUUCGUAAAGAAGCUUAUCUAAUUACAGAUUUAUUGAGUGCACUGAAAAAUUUGUCAGUAGCUGAUGUCGCUGCGUAUAAACAACAAUUUUUGUCCACUUUACAUAUUACUAUUUAUGCUUAUGGUAAUAUAACAAGACAGGAUGCCAUUUCUUUCUUUGAUUAUACAGUGGAGAAGAUUCGACCUAUCCCUAGAUCCACAAGAAAAUUGAUUGAUACCUCAAUCUUAGAUCCAGGUACAUAUUAUCUACGUGUUAUGAAUUGUAAUCCAAACGAUGUAAAUAUGUGUCUAGCUAGAAUACAUUUACUUGGUGAAUCCGAUAUUAAACAACAAUGCUAUAAUAAACUAUUGGCAUUUAUAUUAUCUGAACCGGCUUUUGAUUAUCUGCGUACUAAAGAAACUUUAGGAUAUACUGUUUAUCUCCGAUAUUGGCGAUCAUCUCCUGGUGGUACAUUACAUUCAGGUAUCAGUUUAGUAGCAUAUAGUCCAGCUAAUAAAUAUUCCAUUGAUUAUGUCGCUGGAAGAUUGACUGCUUUCUGGCGUCGAAUAGCUCCAAGGAUUAUUGCUGCUAUGCCAUCGGAAACGUUUAAAACGUCAGUAGAAUCAUUGAUAUCUGUGCAUCAAUUAGAAGAUCCCAAUAUGAUGACAGAAUUUGAAAGAAAUUGGGAUGAAAUUAUGGAAAGUACAGCGAAUUUUAAUUAUCGUGAAGAAUGUGUGAAAAUUUUGUCAACUAUUACCCAAGAAAGUUUAUUGAAUUUCUUCUUAACAGAAUAUUUGGAUGUUAAAAAACAACGUUCUUUAUUUGUACAGGUUGAUGCAAUUGCCAAUCCAGAAUUGACCAAAACUACUGUCUCCAAUUCUUAUUGUUUAGAUUUUGAUACGAUUGACACAAAUUGGGAAACAUUGAAAAAUGAAUAUACAAGUAUAAACAGUAUUGAUAUAACCAACGCUUUGAUGACAUGCGGUUAUGAUGAAAAACAAGCGAUGAAUUUUAUGGUGAAAUCGUAUUCUAAUAAUAAUGGUAAUACAAUUGAUAGCAGUCUACUAUUGAAGCAUGGAGAAAAUGUAGCGAACGAGCAAAAGGCUAUGGUUUUCAUAAAUAAUUUGUUUAAAUUCCGUUCAACUAUUCAAUAUCAAACUGGUCGAAACGUUUAAUAAUAAUUGUUGUCAUUGUAGUAUUCUUUCUCCAAAAAAAAAGAGAACAAACUUUGACUUAAAAUGGUGUAAUGUAUAACAUUUUCUUCAUAUUUGAGAAACGUACAUAAUCCAUUUUAUUUGCUUUGUCAACACGGUGAUAAUUCACGCUUCCUACAUCUACAUGAUGUGAUUACAAUUAACUUGGUAUUUAUGUAUCUGUGUGUUAGGGGCGCCAGGGUGAUUAAUUCGAAUUUCGCUCUAUUUAAUAGGCUUGUAUUGGUAGUUGUUUCGUUUAAUUCCUUAUCUUUGUACUAAACCUAUUUGAUGUUCUUGUC